GCAAAGACGAGAGAAGCGGGGUGCGGGGUAGUAAGGUGGGGUAAAAAGUCUUUAUCUAACAAGUAUAAGCAACGAUCUACUUGUUUCAAACCCGGAAUAUACUUGAAUGUGCGAUGUUUAGAGAUUGGCCAAGCUGAAAUGAUCCUUUUGAUGCCACAAGCUGAGAGAAGUGUUAUUCACGUGAUUCGCCUAGACCUUCAGGGAGUCGACGCUACCUAGCUUAGGCGAGCCCAACAUCGCAGAUGAGUGAGAAGAACUCUGUACUCGUCUCCUAUUUGACCUUUGGUCUUAUCAUGCUCAUGGGCGUAUCUUAUGGUGGCACUUCACUUGGAUUCCCAGUAAAUGACAUCAACUUGUCGCCCUGUCAUGUACUGGACGACCUUCUGAAAACUGAUCUCGUCUUGUACUGUUGAUUAAAAAGGGCGAGAUGUCGCCCUCUUCUGGACUUCCUCCGCCCUAUAUUCGUUCUAUUGAGCCGCUGUUCCGCUCAUGAUUGGGCCCGAAGCGAAUGUUGAUGCGUCAAGUUGGCUGCAAGUUAUCGGACAGGGCGAAGAUCCUCAACCAAUCACUCAACCAAGAAAAAAGAAGUGUUCUGGAUCAGUCUACGCUGUCGA